GGACCUGCUCAUUCCGAUUGUCAAAAAUUUUGUCAAAACUCUAUACAAAUGCUUCCACCGAAACCCCCUCAAUCAAAACUCUCUUCUCGAACAAUCYCAGGUUACCCUGGAGGCUUGGACGAUGUUUCAAGUCCUGUAAGAUUUAAACUCAAUCAUGCUGGAAAUAAUGGAAAAAAUACUACGAGUGAUAAAGAUUUUUCUGUGUGGUUGGGUGAACUUAGCUCAGAUGUAGAUGACUAUCAAUUAUAUAAAACAUUUGCUUGCCGUUAUCAAUCUAUACGUACAGCUAAAGUGGUCUUGGACAGUGCUGGUUACAGUAAAGGAUACGGAUUUAUUCGUUUUGGCAGUGAAGAAGAACAAAAGCAUUGUCUUAACAAUAUGAAUGGUUUUCCAGGUCUUGGUUCUAAACUAAUUAAGGUUAGCAGUGUCAUACCAAAAUCAGAACGCCAUAUUGUUGUGUAAGAUGAUUUCAUUGUUUUGUUAUUU